AUGACAAACAAAUUCCUAUUGCUACUCACUGGCUUCUUUCUGGAAGGUCCUCAUCAAAGUCUCUCGUUAACGUUCCGUUCGGAGAAAACUAACUACAUAUAUGAGAAAGCAUCUCAGCAUAUCACAGAUCAAGAACGACUACACAAGUUGGAGGAUGAAUUGACGAAAUACGACAAACUGUACAUGGAAACAAAGUCUGCCGACGUGUCACACAGUGAGAUUUCCAGUCAAAUCGAAAAAAUCGACAACAAGCUGGCUUUGAUGUUGGGAAAAUACGAUCUGGAACAAGUAGUUCAUGCCUUUAAAGAGAAAAUGAAGCACAAGAAUAAGCCGUACUCUGGCGAAUCUGCAAAGCAGUUGCACGAUUUGGAGAAUUUCACGGACGAAAGACUGCAAAAACUGUGGGAAAAAGCUAAAAAUGGGAUGUUCUCUGAGAAUGAGUUGAUAACACUUCAUAGCGAUUUGAAAGACGCUGAAAAAAAGGCGAAAGUCUACGAUGAUGCACUACAAGAGAUGAACAGGGUACCGCUAGAGAACUCAAUUCUUUCCGAUGAGCCAUUGUCUUUAGAAGAAAAGCGUACCCAACUGAAGAAAACACAUAGAGAGAUGUCGGAUCAUCUCCAACGGCUUCACGAAAAAAUCAACGAUCAACGACAAUCUGAUUUUCAAAACGAACGUGUUAAUCGACUUUGGAAAACGGCAAAAAGUAAUGGAAAUAUUUCUGAGCACGACCUAAAUGUGAUCAAAGAUGAACUCCUUCAUUUUGAUAAACAACUCAAGAAAAUGGAGUUCCAUAAGAAAGAGUUAGAAGCUCGUCGUGCUGAACGUGAAGCGCAAGGCAAAACACUUCUACAUGCCGUGGAAGACGAGGAAUUGGAGACAAAGCAUGAAAAAAUGGAUAGAAAGUUACGGAAAAUGGAGAAAUAUCUGCAGAUUAAAACUAAACAUUUAGAACUUUAG